CCAAGGAUGAUGGCGGUAACACCAAUCACGGCAACUCCACUAAUCCAUCCACUAAUCCCGCUCCUUCCGCUUCCCCGGCCACUUCCACCAAGCCCUCAAAGGCCACUCAGAUCGGAACUGUUCUAGGCCGCCCCAUGGAAGAUGUCCGCACCGUUUACUCUAUUGGGAAGGAGCUGGGAAGGGGACAAUUUGGGGUCACCCAUUUGUGCACUCACAAGGCUACCGGCGAACAGUUGGCCUGCAAAACCAUCGCGAAGAGGAAGCUAGUAAAUAAGGAGGAUAUUGAGGAUGUGAGACGGGAGGUCCAGAUUAUGCACCAUUUAACAGGGCAGCCCAACAUUGUGGAGCUUAAAGGGGCUUAUGAAGAUAAGCAUUCUGUUCAUUUAGUGAUGGAAUUGUGCGCUGGAGGAGAGUUGUUUGAUCGCAUCAUAGCAAAGGGGCAUUACACAGAGCGAGCCGCGGCCUCGCUGCUUAGGACAAUUGUGCAGAUUGUGCAUACUUGCCAUUCCAUGGGGGUUAUCCACAGAGAUCUCAAGCCUGAAAACUUCCUGUUGCUCAGUAAGGACGAGGAUUCUCCGCUCAAGGCUACCGAUUUCGGGUUAUCCGUGUUCUAUAAACAAGGGGAAGUAUUUAAGGAUAUUGUUGGAAGUGCAUAUUAUAUUGCGCCAGAAGUCUUGAAGAGGAGAUAUGGACCUGAAGUUGACAUUUGGAGCGUUGGAGUCAUGCUAUACAUUCUUCUGUGUGGUGUUCCACCUUUCUGGGCAGAAUCCGAACAUGGAAUAUUCAAUGCAAUCUUACGGGGUCACAUUGAUUUUACGAGCGACCCAUGGCCUUCGAUAUCACCUGCAGCAAAGGAUCUUGUUAGGAAGAUGUUGAAUUCAGACCCCAAGCAGAGAUUGUCAGCCUUCCAAGUCCUAAAUCAUCCAUGGAUUAAGGAGGAUGGAGAAGCACCUGAUACACCACUUGACAAUGCGGUGCUCAACAGGCUCAAACAGUUCCGCGCAAUGAACAAAUUCAAGAAAGUUGCUCUUCGGGUGAUUGCGGGCUGUUUAUCAGAGGAAGAGAUCAUGGGGCUGAAACAAAUGUUCAAGAGCAUGGAUACUGACAACAGCGGGACGAUAACGCUCGAAGAGCUAAAGCAAGGACUCGCAAAGCAAGGCACAAAGCUCUCUGAAUAUGAAGUUAAACAAUUAAUGGAAGCCGCUGAUGCUGAUGGCAACGGAACCAUAGACUAUGAUGAGUUCAUCACAGCAACAAUGCACCUGAACAGAAUGGAUCGAGAAGAGCAUCUUUACACGGCCUUCCAGUAUUUCGACAAAGAUAACAGCGGAUAUAUCACUACGGAAGAGUUAGAGCAAGCUCUUAGAGAAUAUGGGAUGCACGACGGAAGAGACAUCAAGGAGAUCCUUUCUGAAGUGGAUGCAGACAAUGAUGGCCGCAUAAACUAUGAUGAAUUUGUGGCUAUGAUGCGAAAAGGAAAUCCAGAAGCGAAUCCCAAAAAGCGUCGUGAUGUCUUCGUUUAAUUUCGGUUGUUGGGAGUGCACUGGAAGAGAUGACAAGAACUACCACCUGAGUGUUUUGUUCUUCAGUGGAGAAACUAAUAUGAGGGUGAAAUUUACAGGUGCUCGUUGUACAUUAUUUAUGUAAAGAGAAUGGGAGGGGUUGAAGCAAAGAGUGUUUGUCUCGAGCAUGCAUAUAUUUACAGUGUGAAUGGUGGUUGCUUUCAAAGAUAGAAAAUCGCCAGAGAAAACAAAACAAAAGAUAAAGAAAGGCCAAUUUUACUCUAAUUCUUAGGAUUUAAUGGGUGAUUUUCUGAUGUUUUUGGC